AUGGAGGAGCACUGGGGUGGAGUAAAUGCCCUUGGGCAGAAGCUUCAGGGACUGCAGGGGGAUGGGAAGCGGGGAGCAGGACCGCAGGGAGGAAGGGUGCAGCAGUACCGCAUCGCCAUGACUGCCAAGGACUGCUCCAUCAUGAUCGCACUCUCCCCCUGUCUGCAGGAUGCCAGAUCUGAUCAAAGGCCUGUCAUCCCUUCAUCGAGGCCCAGGUUUGCUUUCUCCAUGUCUGUGGUGGACCUUGACCUCAAGCCCUAUGAGAGCAUUCCCUAUCAGUAUAAACUGGAUGGCAAGAUCAUCAACUAUUAUUCAAAGACUGUACGUGCCAAAGACGACACCAUGACGUCAACUCGGUUCAAGGAAAGUGAAGAUUGCACACUAGUUCUCCACAAGAUCUAA